AUGGCUUUGGGUCCCGAGCAUCCAGGGAGAGUGAGAGGGGUAGGUGCUGGGAUUUCCCCUAGGCAGUACUUCAAUUUACCCAAACAACAGAGGAUUAAGUUUGCAAAUCAUUUAAAGGAAAGUGUCAGACUUGUCCUUCAAGAAGAGACUAAGAAGAUGGAAGCUAGGUCAAGGGAAGAGACUUUAAGGAUGGAGGCUGAGAGGGAAAAUUUACUGAGUCAGCUUUCCCAACUCAUCCCCAAUUUUGAUCCAAGCAUGCUUAAACCUAAAACUAGCCCCUGUCAAAACCAAAGUCCCAAAAAUCCAAUGUCUGACAAAGCAAGCUGCUCUGGGGCUGAUGUGAGAUCCCUACAUUUUGAGGAUGACAUUGCCAAAAAUGGGGAACAACAGUAA